UGUAGUCUUGGUGAAAAGCCGGUAGUUACAGACACCAUUGAAAUUAAGCAGGAGCUAAUGAAUGUAAGCGAAAGCCUCAUAAGGUAAUACUGUUGUUUAUGUGCACUCGGUAGUCGUAUGCAACAGUGGGUAGAAGUUUUAAGAAGAGCAUACUAUGGAGCCUGAGCCUGAACCAGAUCCUGAAGCACAGCUCACAUCUGUAAAUGCCUCGUCAUUUGUGGAGCCUUACCCAGAGCCCGAAUUUAGCCAUAGCGUUCAAUCGAUUCUUGUUGUUGUUGCAGUCAUCUUCAUGCUAAUUGGCACACUUGGGAAUGCUUUAGUUAUCCUGACGUUAGUUCGUAUGAAAAAUCGAACUAUCACAGAGGUAUUUCUCACGUCUCUUGCAUUUGCGGAUCUUUUUGUCUGUGUCGUCUGCAUUCCUCUUCUGAUCGUCGGCAUAACCGUGCACAGUGGCCACACAGGAUUUUCUUACAUCGUGGAGCAACAAGUCUUCUACUCAUCAUCAGUAGCGUCCAUUUUGAAUCUUACAGCUGUAGCUGUCGACCGCCAUGACGUUAUCAUUAAUCCGAUGAAUCGAAGAAUAACUACAACGCGCUGCAAGUAUGUUCUGGUUGCCGUUUGGGGGAUUUCCCUUUCAGCUGCCAUAAUUAUAUACUUCAUACCGGCACAAUACGAGUGUAUUCUUCUUGCUGUGUUUCUAUUUUUACCGUUGUACAUUAUGAUACACUGCUAUGUCAAGGUUCUGAAGAAGGCGAAGGCAGCCUCCGAAAAAUUAACCCAAAACAAAAAGGGAGAUGCAGCGCAGAAAGGUGGCAGUGUUGAUAAAACUGUUCGAAUGGUCGUCAUCAUUGUAGUUAUGUUCUGUGUCAGUUGGAUUCCAUCGUUGAUUACGCGUACUUUGAAGUAUACAAUUCAUAUGGAGGAAAUGCAUUUGUCCAUACUGGAAAUCACGUCAUGUUUGGUGGCGUAUGGCGGAAGUGCGAUCAAUUUCCUAGUGUACGCGUUCAUGAGUAGAAGGUUCAAGUACGCAUUGAUGCAGAUGCUUGGAGUGAAAACAUACUGUAACAAAGUUAUGCCAUCAACGAAAUCAGCAGCAACCAAUUUCUAAAUCAACUACAUUUGUUGAGGAUCCGAUUUGGUGACAUCUUUGCUUAUAGUUUAAACUUAUCCAUUUGACGAAGGCUUAUAUUUUCAUUUCGACGACGAUGCUUAAACUUAACAGAAAUAGAGUUUGUGAAUUAAAAAAAAGUAGUCUUGCAGAAUAUGCAUGGAUGAAAGUAAAAAUAUCUUUACAUCCAUGCUUAUAACAGUAUUUGAACCGCGAUCAUCCAGGGUUGGCGGUGGGACCAUGUAAGACUUAUACUGAACACGACCAACGACUGCGUAACUGAUUUUGCUCUUGUUAUCACCUCUGCAUACAGCGCGUAUUCAGUUCUUUCUACGAUUUGCUUAUAUAUUUUUGGAUUUAGGUAGAUCGGCUUAAUUAAUUAGACAAUCUGCUAGUGCUUUUGGAGGUCAAUUUUUCAAUAGACCUAGGAAACUAGUAUAAUAACACGGUGUUGUAUGAGUGGGAAGAGGUGGCAAUGUAUAUUGUUGAAUGUUAUGGGAAAUCAAGUAGGAAGUGGAUUUUAUUGUUAUGGUUAGCAUGUUACUAUUUUUGUAGAUACUGUCUUUGUAGAUAAGUGUCUUUGCUGGAUAGUCCUUGUGAUGAAAGGGCGGAUUGAGAUUUUUUUCUAACGGGAUGUUG